CCCGCCCCACCCCGGCGCUUUCUGUCCCCUCCGCCGCACCGUACGGCCGGGCUCUCCGUCUCCAUCCGCUGCCAACUUUGUACCGCGGGGCGCGGGCGGUAGUGCCGCGGUUCUGCCCUCACCUCACCCGGGAGGCGAGGGACCACCCCCACAAUGGCCGGGAUCGGCAUCGACCACUCCAAGCUGCCCGGAGUCAAAGAAGUGUGUCGAGACUUUGCUAUUUUGGAAGAUCAUACCUUGGCCCACAGCUUACAGGAGCAGGAGAUUGAGCAUCACUUGGCAACAAAUGUUCAACGUAAUCGUCUCGUGCAACAUGACUUGCAGGUGGCCAAGCAACUGCAAAAAGAAGAGGAUCUGAAAGCACGUGCUCAAAUCCAAAAACACCAAAAAGACUUAGAGCGACAGGACUGCGAGAUUGCUCAGGAAAUCCAAGUGAAGCUUGUGUUUGAAGCGGAGCAGCGCCGCAGGCAAGAGGAAAAAGAUGAGGACAUUGCCCGUCUUCUACAACAGAAAGAACUGCAAGAAGAAAAAAAGCGGAAGAAGCACUACACAGAAUCCCAGGGACACACAGGCUAUGAAGAUAGCUAUUAUGCAGAAAAUGGAGGCAGUAAGCUGAGGGGGACGAAGCAAGCCAUGUAUGAUACACCCCGAAGGGAACAGGAGUUGUCUGAUGCAGAGAUUGCUCGGAAGCUGCAGGAGGAAGAGCUCCUGGCUGAUGAGGCAGAUCAAAAGGCAGCUCAAGUAGCCCAAGACGAGGAAAUUGCCCGACUCUUGAUGGCUGAGGAGAAAAAGGCUUUCAAGAAAGGGAGGGAGAGAGAAAAGUCUUCCUUUGAAAGGAGGAGGCAUGAUCAAGACUGGAAGCAUGAUGCAAGUGAGUCCACACGUUCAAGGUCAAAAGAAGGACCUGAAACUCAGCGACACAAAGGUGAAAGAUCCUCAAGGUCACAGCCUCUCCGUGAUGACUUUGAACAUGCUCGGUAUUACACAAGCCAGCCCAGCCCUAUGCGCCAGAUCCCCAAACCUGAGCACUCUCCUAAAGGUUCCCGUAGGAAGCAGUAAACUGUACUAGCCUUUGCUUUGGUACUGACUCUUCUGUAGCAAACAUUACUGGAAUUGCCAGGCAACUUUCUCGAUCCUUACCCAAUGGAAGGUCCACCCUCCACUCCCAGGAUGUCCUCUUGAAGUGUCAUCAUAAUAAGGAACUUUGUUUGUUUCAAUUUUUUACUCCUAUGUGAUAACUUCAGCAAUGCAGUAUAAUCUAGCCACCACUGAGCUGUGCGCAUCAACUAGCUGACUUAACAGCUCCCUAUUACAUUAUUUUGAGGCUUUCCUUUUAUUUUUAUUUUUAAGCUUUGUCUGGAGCUUUGACAAAUAGAGAUGCAGUUACAACAGGGAGGAAAAUCUAAGAAAUUAGUUUGAUUAUGGUAAUGCAUCAGAAUGUCAGAACUGCACGUUCUUUCCUUAUUAGGAUGACUUAGCAAAGAGAGUUAUAAGAGGAAGUAUCUUUCUUCCUGUGCUGGAUAAAAUAACUGAGCCAACCUGACAGUCAUGCUUGGAGGAAGAAGAGAGCAUCUUCAUAACAUGCAUCAGCAAAAGCCAGAACCUGGAACUGGUGAGGAAGAAAUUGCCUAUGGAAUAAAAUUUAACUGCUGUAUUUCUUUCUAGGGUUUGCAGCAACCUGGGUAGAAUAACUAGGCAUUUUAGCUCCAGGGUAUAGGGUAGAACAAUUGAAAGACAAUUUCAGUGGAAGUUAGACCUUGUGUGCAUAACUCUUAAGAUAUACCAGGGAGCUGAUGAAGCUGCAACUUGUGGAUUGGGAAGAAUCAUAUACAUUUAAAUGUCUGAAAGGACCUCUGUGGUCACCUGCUUUGAGCUUUCGUGUGAUAGCCAAGGAAUUUCACUGAAGCCAGGUAGGAACUAGUGUAACUCCUAGCUCAGUUGCUGAUGCACUUGUGUACAGUAACUUGUGUUUGAACCUGCGUAUGUCUUGGAAACAUGGGGCUGAAGGAGGGCCAUAUGAGCAUUGACACUGAAUUAAAAAUCCACAAUUACAGGCAACUUUGAGCUAGACGUGGAGUGCUGAACAGUCCACACAAUAUCUAUGCUGACUGCCUCACCUCUGCAUUGCUCUGUAGACUCCUAUCAGGAUAAAACUAUCGCUGUCUAGGGCACAGCAGGAUCUGCAAGCUGUCUGUGUAUAAUGCCCAGGACUUUGUGCAUUGGUAGCAUCCUGCUAGCUGCAUAUCCUUGCUUCCAGACUGCGAGCUUGCUCACCUGCAUCAUUUGGAAGGUCUUGCUUGCUUGCAGCUUCUUCUCAGGAAAUAUUCCAGCUAGCGGCUAGAUUUACUGUGCUUUCCUUGUUCCCUCUUCUCCUCCCAUCUGUCCAUUCAGAAGUGUUAAUGUUGUUUUAAAGGACCCAGAGAAGGAUCAACAUAGUCCCUAGUUUUUCCUUUUCAAUUGAUAAGCUGGGCCACUGUGGCAACCUCAUCUGCAAAGAGUUUAUUUUGUAAAAAUUUAUUUUUGUAUUUCAUGCAGCAGUAAAAAUUCCUACUGCUGAAAAUGCCUUUUUUUUCCCCUGUUUUUUUUUCCCCUCCAUUGCCAUCAGAGUAUUUACUGUAGUAAAAUGGAUGCCUGGUGGGGUUUUGUGAGCUAACACCCCAGUAAAGGUCUGUCUGCUUGUAUCAUCUGGUGCACUUGUGAAAAGUGGAUGGGGAAAAGUCCUGCCAAAUCAGAAAGUGGAUGUGCUUUAUACUUAAUGUGCAUGGGGUGAUCCUCUGCAAAAGGAAAGGGAAAUUGUCAACUAGGAAUUCAGCUUUUCCUGGGGCUCUGUAGGUGGCUGACAGGCUUUCUUGCAAUGCAGUUGUCAUGUAAUUUCUGUUUUACCCUAAUUAGAACAGUCUUGAAGGCUCUGAGCCUGCUGACAUUUGAAGAAGCUGUUAAUUCAGGAGGGAUGUUUGGGAGUAUCCAAGUUGUUGACUUCAGUGGGAGUGAGAGGGAAUGAUACAAGAGAAAACUCUGGUUAAUUUUAUUUAUCUGAAGAACACCUCUGUGUCUACUCUGUGGAGCUGUAAGAUCUCCUUAUUGUCCUCCUCAGGCUGUGGCACCAACAGAUGAGAGGCGGAGUGAAGGAUCCCAGGAGCAUUUGUUGCUUCCUUGGAUGCCUUCAGGGAGUGUUGAAUGCUUUAUGGGGUACUUUACUCCAUAGCCUCCUGUAGUCCUUUUUAUUUUUACUCCCUAUCUGUAUUCAUCUGCUGUCCCUUAUAAGUGUUUCUCCUGUUUUAUUUUUCUAUAGCCCUUGUGAAAAUAGGGGCCUAAGGUUUUGUUAGAAGGGGCUAGCACCUAUCCAGAGAGAAAUGCUAGGCAUGGUAGAUGAGGAAAGCAUGUAGUAAAUGGAACAGUUGCUCAUCUAAUAUACCUUGUAGGCCUUAUGUAGUCAUGCAGGUUAGAGAUUUCCUGACAUAAAUGUUACAACUGCAGUUGCAUGCUUAAUAACCACAUUUGGAAGGGAUAGUAAUUCCAUGGUCCCACUGAAGUCAACAGGAGUUGAGUUCAGUUCAUGGAUGGACAAGGAGCCAACACAUCUUGGGGCUCAGCAGCCAUAGUUCUGCAGCUUACGUAGGCAAGAUGCUAAAUCAGCACCUUGCACAUGUGUCCCUGGAAAGAGGCACAAUGAAGCUGAUCUUUUAAAAAGAAACAAUUGGAACAAUACUUCCUUUCUAUGACAGAAAAAUGUUAAACUUUUUUUUUUUCCUUGUCUUCUGCCAAGUUUUAGUAGCUCUGCCUAUGGGUUUGCUCUGGAUUUAAUAGCAUGUCAAACCUUUUCUUGGACCCCUACCGAGGUCAUUCAUAUCUUGCAUCCCUUUCUGACUCUGCAUUAACAAUGCAAUAGGCACCGUGUGGAAAAUUCAUCACCACAAAAUCCUGGCACUUCCUAAUCUUCAUAGUAGGCACAUCUCACCAGCAAGAGCUCUCGCCACCUCUUCGCCUCCGUCCAAAAGCACAGUGGUCUGCAGAAGAGAGGUCGGGUGAACCAGAGUGAUCGUGCCUUAUAUGCAGGGAUACUCAAUGUCUUCAGCGGGCUGAUCUGAGUCACCUUGCUAUGAAACACUGUCUUAAUGUGGACUGUACAGCUUUCUGCAGGGAGAAGCAGUUGUUAUCAUAUGAUAGAUCCAACAGGUUAAUCUCACCUUUUUUAAAGGACUUCAUGUUUUUGAGCUUAGUGGGGUGGGAAAAUAUCAGCUGUUAGGGGACAGAUGAAGUCUAAUCAUUGAAUUGCUUUUGGGGAGGAAGAAUAGAAGUUACAAAUGCUGCAGUCUGCUUCACUCUGUAAAAGGGAUCUUAUAUGUACAGUAUUUUUAUAUCUCUGCAUUCCCACUGGUCAGGAUUUGAAUCAGGACUAAUAACACUCUCUUAUGUAGGGAAAAAAGUGGAUUUUUGUUUUUACAGAGCUAGACCUUUGUGCAUUUUUAUUUUGUGCCAAAAUACAGUCACUGUUACAUUUUAGUGUUUUUUUUUCAGUUUAUUGUUAUUGAUCAAUGUGUAUAUUAUGUAUUUUUAUUAUCAAGAUUUUUAUUUUAAUUCAUACUAACCUGUAUGCAAACUAACUGUGGAUUGCUUAUUUAUAUAUAAAGGGGAGCACUUGGAGACAGUGUGAGGAUUCCCCUACUUAGUUUAUACUCUUGUAACCUAGCACAGCCAGUCCAUGAAACUCAUUGCUUCUUACACAGAAUGAUACCCUGCACAUGUAUCACCCUGAGCAGAGGGCUCCUGGUGUUCCUAAUGGUAGCAUUGAUGCUGCAAGGAUAUGUUAGAUGUGAUAGGAAACAAAACACAGUUCAUAGCAUGGACUGGUGGAUAACUGGCCUCUCUGCUGUCCUGCUCCUGGCAGUGAUGCCAGGGAGGGUCCUGCAGCAGGAAUUCCCAUCUGAGUGGGACUUUGAGGUUUUACUCUGCCCUAUAUCCAUCCCCAGCCAAUGGAAAGUUGGUUUUGCCCCACUCUCUCAAAACACUUAGCGCUUAGUUUUGUAGUUGUUCUGGGAGGUGGCUGUGGGAUACAGCAUGAGGCACACAGGUGUCCCUCUCAUGAAGUAUACCACAGGCAGUUUGUCUUUUCUGGCUGGGAAGGACAGGCAUAAACCUACAGAGAUCUCAGUUUACUGUGCUCUUGAAAACAUGCCGUAGCACAUCUCUGGCUGUGCAGCAGAGCCAUGGAGGCUUUUGACUGUGCUGCAUGCAAGUGCCACCUGGACUGUUAUACCCAGUACAGGGUGCAGGACACAGGUUUUGUGUUGAGAAGCUGCACUGCUCUCAACUUCUGGACUGGAGGUAGAAUGAGCCACCUCCUCCCUGUGAGCUGCACUAGACAUGGCUCAGCUGUGCCUUUUGGGCUCUUCCAGGAGAGGCUCAGAGUGGACAGUAGCACACACAAAUAAGUAUUUUCUACUUCACAGUAAGCAAGUUCCACUGUAUCAGUGUUCACUCUAAGUAGACUCCAUGGUCUGUCUCCAGCUGCAUCUGUGCACUGCAAUAUAGUUAAUUGCCUCAGAGAAAUAACUGCAAUUGUCUCUUUUAGCUUUUCAGGGUAAACUUUCAGCCUGUUGAAUCUAAAUAUUAGCUCUGCAAUGAGAUGGAUUAAUCAGAAGGCUCAAAUUCCUCAGAGCUGCAAAUGUACCCUGUGUUGCAACAGCUAAUCCUUAAAUAUAAAUUGUGCACUGACAAUAAUCUGUCUAUGCAAGCCUAUAUUUUUUUUUCUUAUUUUUGACUGUUUAUCAUUUUACCAGGUUUGGCAUAGAACUUCUAAAUGACAUUUAACCAAAGUAUCAUGUCUGUGUGUGUAUAGCAUGUUUUGCUUCAUACUCCUGAAUUCUCAUUGAAUGUAAAGGGAACACUGCCUUGCCCCAUUUCAUUCAAUAAACCUCUGUACUUUGUUACCUA